AUGUCUUCUCCAUUCCCAAAGAUCGCCGAAAAGGUUCAAGGUGUCCAAAUCUUAGGUCCAAUCCCAGAAAAUGCUAAACAUAUUUAUACUCCAGAAGCAUUAGCGUUAGUUGCUACUUUACAUCGUGCUUUCGAAUCAACUAGACAACAAUUAUUAGCCAAUAGAAAGGAACAACAAAAAUUAAGAGAUCAAGGUAAUUUACCAGAUUUCUUACCUGAAACUGCUUAUAUCAGAGAUGAUCCAACUUGGACUGGUCCACCAUUGGCUCCUGGUUUAGAAGAUAGAAGAGUUGAAAUCACCGGUCCAACUGAUCGUAAGAUGGUUAUUAACGCCUUAAAUUCUGGUGUUGCUACUUAUAUGGCAGAUUUUGAAGAUUCCUUAACCCCUGCUUGGAAUAAUUUAGUUGAUGGUCAAGUUAAUCUUUAUGAUGCUGUUAGAAGAAAUUUAACUGCUACUAUUAAUGGUAAGAAUUACGCAUUAAACUUGGAUGCUGGUAGACAUAUUCCAACUUUGAUUGUUAGACCAAGAGGUUGGCAUUUAACUGAAAAGCAUGUUUUAGUUGAUGGACAACCAAUUUCUGGUGGUAUUUUUGAUUUUGCUAUUUAUUUCUUCCAUAAUGCAAAAGAAGCUUUAGCUAGAGGUUUUGGUCCAUACUUUUAUUUACCAAAGAUGGAACAUCAUUUAGAAGCUAAAUUAUGGAAUGAUAUUUUCAACCAUGCUCAAAAUUAUAUUGGUUUACCAAGAGGUACUAUUAGAGCUUCUGUUUUAAUUGAAACCUUACCAGCUGCUUUCCAAAUGGAUGAAAUAAUUUAUCAAUUAAGACAACAUAUUGCUGGAUUAAACUGUGGUAGAUGGGAUUAUAUCUUUUCUUAUAUUAAAUCUUUAAGAAACCAUAAGGAAUUCAUUUUACCUGAUAGAUCUCAAGUUACCAUGGCAUCUCCAUUUAUGGCUUCUUAUGUUAAAUUAUUAGUUCAUACUACUCACAAGAGAAAGGUUCAUGCUUUGGGUGGUAUGGCUGCUCAAAUUCCAAUUAAGGAUGAUCCAGAAAGAAACAGAAAGGCUUUGGAAAAUGUUGCCAAGGAUAAAUUAAGAGAAGUUGAAGCUGGUUGUGAUUCUUGUUGGGUUGCUCAUCCUGCUUUAGUUCCUGUUGUUUUGAAGGUUUUCAAUGAACACAUGAAGGGACCUAAUCAAAUUGAUUUACCACCAAGACAACCAUACAAGAAGAUCACUCAACGUGAUUUGUUAUCUCCAUAUGUCGAUGAUGCUAAGAUUACUGAACAAGGUAUUAGAGCUAAUAUUGUCAUUGGUAUUUCAUAUAUUGAAGCUUGGUUAAGAAAUGUAGGAUGUGUUCCAAUCAAUUAUUUGAUGGAAGAUGCAGCUACUGCUGAAGUCUCCAGAUCUCAACUUUGGCAAUGGGUUACUCAUGGUGCUAAGACUGAUGCUGGACAAGUUAUCACCAAGCAAUAUGUUAAGAGAUUGUUAGAAGAAGAAUAUGCUAAAUUAGUCACUACUGCUAAACCAGGAAACAAGUUUAAGAAGGCUUUUGAUUAUUUUGUUCCUCAAGCUACUGGUGAAGCAUAUUCCGAUUUCCUUACUACUUUGAUUUAUGAUGAAGUUACUACUGUUGGUAGAGCUAUUCCAGCCAAUAAAUUAUAA